AUGCUGCGCUGCUGCGGCGACGGCUGCGGGCGGUCGUACCACCUCUUUUGCCUCAACCCGCCGCUCCCCGCACCUCCUGCCGGCGAGUGGCUCUGCCCUGGUUGCGCCGCGGCGGAGGCGGAGGAGCGGGCUCAGCAGGCGCGCCGCGAUGCGCAGCGACGGCGGAGGAGAGACGCCGUGCCGCCCGGUGCGAGGCUGGCGAAGGUGGUGCGAGAGGAGCGCUGCGGAGGCGGGGGAGCGGCGGCCGGACCAUGCCGCUGCGCAAAGGCGCAUCGGCGGGCGCUCUGGUCGUUCGUCAAAGCUGCCUGCCCGGGCGACGCGUGCGACUUUGUUGGCCUGAGCGUGGAGGGGCGGCGCAAGCUCCACGAAACGGUGGGCGUGAUCCUCAAGACGUCCAAGGCGCCGCUCAAGCUGCUGCACAAGUCGGACGCGUUUGGUGCGGCCGACACGCGGCUUCGGGUCGUGAUGCAGCCUUGCCGCCGGGGUUGGGACAACUACUAUCGGUAA